UCCAUCACUUAAAAAGUGGAUGAUGGUUUUCUAAUCGAAUAAUUCGAUCUAGUUUUUGAAAAUUACGGUGAUCCAACUUUUAUUUUGUUUUAUAAUUUUGAACUGUUUCAAAGUCAAAAUUGGUCAACAUUGACUAGAUCAAAUCAGCACAUACGAUUUCUUUGGAGAACCACGCCGAACGAAGCAAUUUUUGUAGGGUGAAUCGGUCCGGCUCAGUCGAUUUUACGGUUUAAAUGGGCGUGAACCGUAAUGGGUCUUAGCAAACUGAGGACGACGUGGUGUCUGCCCAUUCGGUCCUUUCCUAAUACACCGCCCGGUUUCGUUUUAAGUCUCUGUCUCUCUCUCUCGGGAGAUGCCACCAUGUUGUCGUCGGCGGCGUCCCUCGCUUCCAAACGCCUCCCCGCGAUCUGUCGAUUUCUCCGCUCCUCCUCUCCGGUUGCAUUCGCCCCCGCCAGAUCUUUCUCCACUGCUUUGAACUACCACCUUGAUUCGCCUGACAGCAAUUCGGAUCUUCCAUGGGACUUUAGUGAAGCAAAUAAGGAAAAGGUCAAGGAGAUACUCUCCCAUUAUCCUUCCAACUAUAAGCAGUCUGCUGUUAUUCCACUGUUGGAUCUUGCACAGCAGCAACAUGGCGGAUGGCUACCACUGUCUGCAAUGAAUGUGAUUGCUAAAGUUAUAGAGGUUGCUCCUAUUCGUGUGUAUGAAGUUGCAACUUUCUAUUCGAUGUUUAAUCGGACAAAGGUUGGUAAGUAUCAUCUUUUGGUUUGUGGAACAACGCCCUGUAUGAUACGUGGAUCUCGUGAGAUCGAAGAAGCCCUGCUAAAACACCUGGGUGUUAAACGCAAUGAAGUGACCAAGGAUGGAAUGUUUUCUGUUGGUGAAAUGGAGUGCAUGGGCUGUUGUGUUAAUGCUCCAAUGAUCACUGUGGCUGACUACAGCAAUGGUUCAGAAGGAUAUACAUACAAUUAUUAUGAAGAUGUUACACCCAAACGAGUAGUUGAGAUUGUUGAGAUGUUGAGAAGGGGAGAAAAACCUCCAGUAGGGACGCAAAAUCCUGAUCGCAUUAGGGGCGGACCAGCUGGAGGGAACACAAGCUUGCUCGGGGAGCCAAAGCCUCCACCAUGCAGGGAUCUCGAUGCCUGCUGAUCAUCGGUUGAGUUGUGCCAUGAAUAUCGAGAAUUGGUGCAACUUGGCCUCAAAAAAUCUUGAGAAGCUUGCCAUUUCACCAGUUUCGACGAUGAGCAAUAGAGACAAUGGUUUUGUUAUCUACUUAUAUUAUCUCUCAAGAUAAAUUGCAACCAUAUGGCGUUCUGUAUUUAAUCUUGGUUUCAAUAGCCAUCAUUGUCAAAAAAGUGGUUGGCUUUGACAAACUGCAGUAUAAACGACACCAAUGAGUAUCUUAGAUGGUGUUGGCCUCCUAAUAAACAAGUGACUCUUGGUAUCA